AACUUUGAACCUCAGUACCAGACCACGCCUUCUUCGAUCGCUGUGUGUGGUUUGCGAGCCUCGGCUAGGGAUCGAGCUAACAUGUCGUCUUCUACACCUUCCCUGGGCGUCAGACCUUCACCAUCCAGCGACUCCCGGCGCAAGAGGCUGUCAAGAAGCGCCCAGCGUCGCAAAGACCGUUUCCAGACGCGGAGGACCCGCGGCGGGACCGCCGCCCACAGCGACGAGGUUACUACUGAAGGUGGCAGCAGGUCGGCGGCCAGACACGAGCUGGGAUCGAGAGAUGCGGACGAGGACGUGGAGGAGGGGACGCCGCGAAGAUGCUGGCCUUUCUUUCGCGUGUUCGUCGAGAAAAAAUACAUGCGGCAAUUUUUUCGUGUCUGUGCAUUUGUGAACCUUCUGUCUCUUAUAUUCUCUGCUCCGUUCGUGACCUGUUCCGCGGACGUGGGGAAGGGCAACGAGAGAUGUCAGAAGAAGUUCGUUUGGUUUGUGGUGAUCAUUUGCGUCGAUUUCCUCAUUAGCAUCCUAUACACCAUUCAAUUCAUCGCCAGAAUUGAGUACGCCAUCUAUCUUCGCGUCCAGAAAGAUCGUCCAGGAGGAGAGGCCAGGUACUCACAGCUAACCUCCUGGUACAGACUCAUCAACCUCACUCUUGUCACCGUAAGCCUCUGGUGGUCAGUCGUCAUUGGGAUUGCCCGAAGUGUGCGGGAGGGAGAAGACGGUAGCGACAUCAACCAGUACCUCUACCUGCCGGUGGCGUUCAGGAGUCUCGCCGUCCUCACCACCAUCCAGCUGUUUGUCAACGUCCAGCUGCCCAUCUCCGUCAAGGAGCUCCUUGGGAACAUCAAAUGGAAGCAGCUGUUUUUCGUGGCUCUCUUCUACCUGUUUUUUCUCUACAUCUACGCCCUGAUUGGCGUCCAGGUGGUUGGUGGGCUCGGCCAUCGAUGUGUCUACGUCGAUGGCAACACCAGCGAAAUGUCUCUGGCUGUCCCGGUCACCCACUGCAAUCCGUACGGAUCAGAAUACCAGAAGCAGUGCUACGGAGGCAGCAGUCGACCCGACGUCAUCCAGUGCAUGAUCUUCCCCAAGGAUUCUCAGCCCUACAACCUCGCCUUCAGGAAUCAGGUCUACUUCGGGCAGUUCAGAUCCAUUGUGGACGCAGUGUUUGCUGUCUACGAGGCCACCAGUCUGGAGCUCUGGUCCUUCUUCUCCUACACAGCGUCUGACGGAGCUCCAUCUCACAUGGGUGUGCCCGCCCUCUUCUACUUCACCAUGGUCUUCUAUCUCGUCAUUUUUGUCCAGCAAAGUAUAUUUCUGGUGGUGAUCAUCGAGUCAUUUGCUGAUCUGAGGAGCGGUAAGGCGAUUGGAUCUGCACCGAAAACCAAAGACAAGCCACUCAUUGUGUUGACAGAGCAGGCGAGUGCUGUUGACCUGGGAGACAGACUAAAACUGCAGACCCAGAGGACGGAGGAAUCGGUCGAGUUUACCAACAGCCUCCACAAGUGGUACACGAGCCGGGCGGAGAAGGUCUUCCUCGGCCUGGUCGCCAUCGACGCCCUAGUGACAGCUCUCAAACACACCGACAUGGACGAAAACCUGGCCAUCACUCUCCAAGUGUGGCAGGGACUGGUGAGUGUCAUCUUCCUCGGUGAGGUUGUGGGACUGGCAAUAUUCCACCUGGUCAACACCAACCAGUACUCCCUCUUCCUCCGCAACCCGUACUACUGGUACCUCAUCAUUGUGGCUGGCGGAAGCCUUGUCGCUGCUCUGCCUCUCAAUAACUUCUACUAUCCUCUCAGUGCCGGGAACAUACUGGCUGUCUUUCAGGCGGCUCGUCUUCCCCGGCUGCUGAGAGCCCACCACACCAUCAAGAAGUUCUUCUUCAAGAUAGUGGGAGACGGAACGAAGCUGCUGGUCAUCAUUCUGCUCACGGGCAUCUUCCUCGUGGUCUUUGCCGUCAUCAACAUACAGCUGUUCGGCUACAUCGCCCCCAGCCAGGAAUGCAAGGCAUUCGGAAACGGACCCUUCGAAAAUUUCUUUGUGGCACUGCAGUCCAUGUUCCAGCUGAUCAUGCAGGAGGGCUGGAGCGAGGUCAUGAGCGAAGUCAUGUGCCACAGGGGCACCUGGUUCCCCAUCAACUUCUACUUCAUCUGUCUCCAUCUCAUCGCCUCCCUGAUUCUCCUGAACUUCUUUGCGGCUGUGAUCCUUGACAACUUGGAUUACGACGAGGACACGAAGAGGGAGCUCCUCCAGCAGGUGGUGGAGAAGAACACGACACGGACGGUACCCGUUCACCUACGAGUCCUCACCGCCUGCGGACCCAAACUCAUCUCGGCUCCGAAGAUCUCGGCCGCCGCAGCCGCAGCCGGCGUCGAGGCCCCCAACCUGACGGUGGCCGACGUCAAGAGUUUCUAUGAGUCCGGAGAGACGAGGGACGCAAAGGAGGCUGCCAUCGUCCCCGGGGGUGCUGCUGCGGACCAGGCAUUUCCACAGCAACAGGCUCCGCCCACCACCGCCGCCACCCAGAGACGGUCGUCGGAGCUGUCGGAACUGAACCUCCUGUCUGUGGACCCCCAUGUCUCCGUGUCCUCCAGCCACCACGAGAGAUUUCAGUUGAUUCAGGGUAUUCUGGAGAGCGUGCGGUGGCUGAGGAAGCUCAACACGGACCAGGAGGGCAGGAGACCCGGACUGGACGGAGUCGGAGGACGAGGGGGGCUCUUUGGGGGCCGAAGAUCUCAAGACACCUCCCAGCCAGUUGAAGACGAGUUUGACCAGUAUCGGGCCAAGUACCGCCUGUUUGACAGCGCCCUAUUUAUCAUGUCCCCCGACAACCGACUGAGACGGUUUUGCAGGGCGGUGCUCACGCGGCAGAUGAGUGAGCCCCCGUUCGUCAGGACUCGACUGACUCCAGUCAACCUCAUCAAGAACAGGUUCUCCUACUACAUCCGCUACCUGGUGAGUCGUCUGCCCUACUUCUCCUGGCUGAUGGUGAUGAUCACCCUCUCGGCCAUCGCAGUCCAGCUGGCCGAGCUGCAGACGAGGUUCGGCAGACCCGCCAACAUCAUCCUCAACACCACCACUACCUCAGACGUCCGUGUCCCCGUUGACAUGGAGCCUGUCUACUUCUGGACCGCCGACUUCCUAUUUGUCCUGUUCACCCUCGUCGAGCUCACCCUCAAGAUAUUGGCAAACGGGUUUUUCCUGAACCCCGAUGCAGCCAUCCGCAGUGUGUGGGACGUGAUGGACUGGGUGGUCGUCAUCUCGUCCGCGGCCGUCCUCAUCCUCAACACCUCCGUCUGCGGUGCCGCCGUCCGUCAGACCCUCGCCCUCUCCCACCUCCCUCUCUACCUCGUCGUGCUCCUCUGCGUCCGCGCCCUGCGUCCCCUGCGAGCCAUCAGCCUCGUCCCGCAGAUGCGCCGAGUCAUCUACGACGUGCUGCUCGGCUGGAAGCAGCUGCUGUUCGGCGUUCUCGUCCUCCUCUUUGCCAUAUUCAUGUUUGCCAGUCUCGGUGUCCAGCUGUUUGCAGGGGACUACCCGGAGGGUCCACAGGCGUUCUGCAACGACCCGUCCAGCCGGUCGCUGGCCGAGUGUCUCCGCAGUCCGACGGUGAGACUCAGGAUCACCACGUCCAGAGAGUUUCUUCCCAACUCAAACUACUCUCCCAGCAUCCUGGUCCCCACAGUCUGGUACACCCAUCGUCGGGAUUUUGACUUUGACAACACACUGAAGGCGAUGCUGACAAUGUUCGAGGUGCUGACUCUGGAGGGGUGGUUGGACGUGAGGGACAUGCUCGUUCGCGACCCUGUCUCCCCGGGAAUUCCCAGCACGCAGGAGGCCUGGUACAUGGCCGUUUUCCUGCACAUCUUCAUCUUCUUCGGAGUCAACAUUGGUCUCCAGCUGUUUGUGGGCAUCGUCGUCAACAACUUCAACGCCAACAAGCCGGGCAACACGGCCCUUCUCUCCGUGGGACAGAAGAGGUGGACAGAUCUGGUGCUCAGGAUCUCUCUCCUGCGACCUGUCAAGAGACCCACUCCACCUGAACACAACAGGUUUCGUCUGUUUCUGUACAGAAUUGUGAUCCACAGACGAUUCACUCACUUCAGUACCGUCAUGAUUCUCCUUCAGUCCUUCUGCUUCUGUCUUCCAUGGAGUACUGGUCGAUCAUCUGCCACAGUCACACUCAUAUCUCUGGUGAUUGUCUUUGCUCUCUACUUCACCCUAGAGCAAUGUGUCAAGAUGCUGGCGUUUGGUCCAAAGGGCUAUUUCGGUAGCUGGAGAACCAUUGCAGACACACUCAUCUCGCUGCUGGGUCUCUGCUAUAUCGUGUGGGCUCUGGUGGUGCUGGCACACGGGUAUAGCUCUGUGACUCACCAGACCAGAACGGAUUUGGCCAAUUUUGCCGUCAGCUAUGCUGUGCUGAAGUGUUUCACUAUACUUGGGAAAUAUAGUAUCAUGCAGAACCUGAGUAUCACCGUGGCAAGGACGUUGAUCGGUUCGACGCCACUCCUCUUUGUCCUCUUCCUCAUCAUCCUCACCUACGCCUUUGUCGGGGCCAUCAUCUUCUCCAACCUCCGCACGGGGGAAGAAAUUUCGUUCAGUCGGAUCAACUUUGACGGGGCGUUCCCCUCCUUCUCCCUGGCGUUCCGCGUCAUGACUGGUGAAGACUGGCACCACCUCAUGCGGGAUGCAAUGAUUGGGAACCACUACUGCUCGAAGCUGGACGGGAAUUGCGGGAACGUGGUGGCUGCCGCAUUCUGGUUCAUCACGUACUACAUCCUGAUCACGGUCUUCCUCCUCAACAUCAUCAUUGCCCACCUCCUGGAGAACUUCUCCAUCUUCUACAACGAGGACGACACCAGUAUCAGCCACGCCGUCAUCAAAGACUUCCGAGAGAACUGGCUGCACUUUGACAAGACUGCACAGGGUACCAUAAAGUCCAGUCGGAUCAAGCUGUUCCUGAGAACUCUUCGACUUCCACACUACUACACCUACAGUCUGACUGAAGUCAACGGAAUAAAGUUCAAGAUUAGAGACCAGGUCCAUCCGCUGACAGACUCACUGAUACUGAGGGAGAUGGCCGAGGAGCUACAGCGGGGACCCCACGGAGGAGGAGGAGGAGGGGGAGGGGGUGGGAAGUCGCUGCUGAGCAAACAGCUGAGCGAGGAGAUGCUGAUAAACGAGGAAGAAGGAGACCACUCAUUUCAGAGUGUCCUCAAGAUGCUGGCCUAUCGUGCCGAGGACAUUUCCCAGAGAUUGGAGCCACAGGAGCUCUACGACAGACAGGAAUUGGAGGAGAGCAUACAGUUUGAUGUUGCCGAAGAGUGUAUUCUGAAGUGGAUCAAGAAGUAUGUGAAGCCGAUAGUGCUGGAGCGGCAGGACGAUGGGCAGUCAUCAGUGGAGGAAAACCAGAGGCGAUAUCCACCACCUCCAAGAAUGGACUCUUUGUGGCCAAUAGAGGGGACCGACGCAGGACUGUCUAUGACAGUGGAUGACACAGACGAUGACGAGAUGGAGUUUACGUCCCUCUCCAGUAACCCCAUGCUCCGUCGCAAGUGGCUCGGGUCUCCCUCGCUCCCGACCUCAGAGGAGUUCCCGGAGCCACCACCCAGGGAGACGAGAGAAGACCAGCAGGCCAGCCACGAGGAGAGGCUGGUGACCCAGUCUUACUCCCGACUGGCCCAGAUGUCCCUCACCCCCUUCACCCAGGGAGGAGGCGCCAGGGGGGAGGACCGCUGGCACGACUGGUUCAGGAUGCAGCGAGAGUGGAGCGAGAACGUCGACAGUUCACACCAGAACUACUUUGACGAUUGUCUAUAGCUCCCCUCUCUGUCAAACAUGACUGUUUUUAAAUUAGACUAGGAAUUGAUCAAAAAUUCAAACUGCUUUUCAUUGCAUCACUCUGUGUACAUUUUAAAGACAACUCUGAGUUUUGUGUUUGCAAGCAUCGAACAUUACGAUUCCCUGAGUUACCAGCAAAUUUUAGAGGUUUAGGAGAGCCAUCAUAAAAUUUACGAGCAACCUUAUACUCGGUCGUGAAUCCGUGUGGCUGCCAC